GGGGUCGCAGUGGGGUGCCAGCUGCCACCCGCCCCACGCAGGCUCCGUUACAUGGUGAAGCAGCUGGAGACGGGAGAGGUGAACGUGGAGGAGCUGAAGAGGAACCUGGAAGUAACGUCCCCCAUUAUCACCUCCUGUCCCCACAGGCAGAUGCUGGACACGGAGGAUGAGCUGCGGGAGAUGCGCUCGGACGCGGUGCCCUCGGAGGUGCGGGACUGGUUGGCUGCCACCUUCACCCAACAGGCUCGAGCCAAAGGGAGGAGGGCAGAGGAGAAGCCCAAGUUCCGCAGCAUCGUGCACGCGGUGCAGGCCGGCAUCUUCGUGGAGAGGAUGUUCCGCCGGACGUACACAGCUGUGGGGCCCAGCUACUCCACCUCUGUCCUCAACUGCCUGAAGAACCUGGACUUGUGGUGCUUUGACGUCUUCGCUCUGAACCGGGUGACGGAGGAGCACUCAUUGCGCACCAUCGUCUACGAGCUCUUCACCCGACACAACCUCAACAGUCGCUUCAAGAUCCCCGCUGUGUUCCUCACCACGCUGCUGGACGCGCUGGAGGUCGGCUAUGGGAAAUACCGUAACCCUUAUCACAACCAGGCACACGCUGCCGAUGUCACCCAGACUGUGCACUGCUUCCUGCUCCGUACUGGCAUGCUGCACUACCUGACGGAGAUUGAGGUCCUGGCCAUCAUCUUUGCUGCUGCCAUCCACGACUACGAGCACACGGGCACCACCAACAGCUUCCACAUCCAGACCAAGUCAGACUGUGCCAUCCUGUACAACGACCGCUCGGUGCUGGAGAACCACCACAUCAGCGCUGUGUUCCGCAUGAUGCAGGAUGAGGAGAUGAACAUCUUCGUCAACCUCACCAAGGACGAGUUCGUGGAGCUGCGCGCUCUGGUCAUCGAGAUGGUCCUGGCCACCGACAUGUCCUGCCACUUCCAGCAGGUGAAGUCCAUGAAGACGGCCCUACAGCAGCUGGAACGGAUCGAUAAAUCCAAGGUGCUGUCGCUGCUGCUGCACGCAGCCGAUAUCAGCCACCCCACCAAGCAGUGGGCAGUGCACAGCCGCUGGACCAAGGCGCUGAUGGAGGAGUUCUUCAGGCAGGGUGACAAAGAGGCCGAACUGGGGCUGCCCUUCUCACCCCUCUGCGACCGCACCUCCACGCUGGUGGCUCAGUCCCAGAUCGGUUUCAUUGACUUCAUUGUGGAGCCCACCUUCUCCGUACUGACCGACGUGGCCGAGAAGAUGGUGCUGCCCCAAAACGAAGACAGCUCCAAAGCCAAGGGGAACCCAACAGGAGGCCAGCAGCCCAGCUCCCAGUGGAGACAGACAUCCCUGGAUGAGCACCUGGAGCUGGGGGACAUCAACGCUGACCUGUCCAGCUUCCGAUCCACGUGGACCAAAUACAUCCAGGAGAACAAGCAGAAGUGGAAGGAGAGGGCGGCCAGCGGCAUCACCAACCAAGCGUCCAUUGAGGAGCUGUCACCCUAUGAGGAGGAGCCCCCCGUGCCCCCCACCCAGCACAAGCACAACGGGGAGGUGGAAUAGCACAUGGCGAGGUCCUCAUCCAACCCAAUGACACCGUCCAGUCCAAAGUCUUUGAUGCCAUCGACUUCAGCACCAUUCAAAGGGAAUCUGCAUUGAGAGCAUCCCCCGAUGGCAGCGCCGGGUCCUGGGGGGGGGGGGCUGGGACCCCCGGGGCCCCCCCCCCCCCAUCAUGUGCCAAACGAUGCCAAACCACAUGGUGCUGCUCCAUGGGAGAUGGGUGAUGCCCUUAUGGCUGUUUAGGAAUCUGCUUCUCGCCCCAUAGGGGAACCAGGUGUUGGGGUGGCACUGUGGGGUGUGGGGGGGUGGCAGGGGGCUGGUUAUGGCUCAGUGCCACCCCCAUAUUGGGGACACUCCCCUAUGGGGCUCAGCCCCAUGGACACCCCAAGGCUUCCA